AUGACAUCAUCAAAAACCACCUUAGCAGAGUUUUCAAAUGGUAUUAAAAUACCCAUAAAAGUACCUAAUGAAAAAUUCAUAAAGAAAUUAGUAAAGAGGUAUAAGAAGCAAGAACAAAUAGAUUAUGACGACGUAUUCUAUUUGUUCUUAUUAACUUUACAAAAUGAAAUUGAACAUAAUCACAUUUACAAAGAACUUCAUUCCCAACUUAUGAAUGAAAUUGCUUUAGUCGCUUCCGUGACUUGGAGAAAUUGUCCAAUUUAUUAUGAACAAGCUUUUGUGAGAUUGGCUUCCAGAAUCUCUUCCUCAAAUGAUACAAAGGACAACUUUUCUUUUACUAUAUUUUGGAAAACUUUAGCAUCUAGAAUAAGAAAAUCUUAA